AUGUCUCGACUAGAACGUAUCGAGCCUUCAGACGGCCAUCAGACUGUAAAGCAAUUGCAAUUACAGAUUCCUACCAACAAAACAAGCGCAAGCAAUGCCGUCCAAGCUCUAAAAAUUAGGCACGAACGACCGGAAAGCAAGCGACCUACGGCUAAAACCUCUACAAACGACAACAAAACUCUCUCAGUCGUUUCGUCUUCAGACACCGCCACAACUCAUCUGGGCACACAGAGUGUGAGAGGGCGACACCAGUGGGUGACUGGUGAUGAUGCGAAGGCGGGAAAAUCAACGAAACUCACAAACUACCGUCUCCAUCUCAUCAAUCUGCUCCCUGAUACGAAUUCGAUGUCCGCCAAGCCCAACGCAAAGAAACAUGACGACUCAAAGUCUAGCCUGAAUUCGCGACACGACGUUGCCUACGAUUGGUCGUUUGCGAUGGCUAGUUUGAUGUUUAUCUUUAUCGUGACGUUACCGAUCCUCGUCUACUACUUUUUCGCAUCGAGAAGAUGGAACAGAAAAAACUACGCAUACGUAAUGCUGGAAGAUCCUACAAGCUACGAAUACCCACCAAAGGAUACAUCAUUUCACGACUGAACCAAGUGCAACACGUGACACA